AUGUUGAGAUUGAUGAAUGUAAAGCCCUUAGCGGGUCUUCGUGGAUUGGCUACUGCUGCAUCCAAGUUCAACAAAACUUCCAGAUUGGACAGAGCCACAUUGAGAAUUAAAGAUGGUCCAGUUUUCAGUGGAUAUUCCUUUGGUGCUAAUAAGAAUGUCAGUGGUGAAGCUGUUUUCACCACCUCUCUUGUAGGAUACCCCGAAUCCAUGACUGAUCCCUCAUACAAGGGUCAAAUCUUAUGUUUCACCCAACCUUUGAUUGGUAAUUAUGGUGUUCCAUCUUCAACAGUUAAGGACGAAUUCAAUUUAUUGAAGUACAUGGAAUCUCCUCUGGUACAAUGUAUUGGAAUUGUUGUUGCUGAUGUUGCAUUGGAAUAUAGUCAUUGGACUGCUGUUGAAAGUUUGCAACAAUGGUGUCAAAGAUCAGGAGUUGCUGCCAUUACUGGUGUCGACACCAGACAAUUGGUUUCAUACUUGAGAGAAAAGGGUUCUUCAUUAGCCAGAAUCACUGUUGGUGAAGAAUACGAUGCUGAUGAAGAUGCUGCCUUUGACAAUCCAGAAUCAGUCAAUUUGGUACACAAGGUCACCACCAAGGCUCCAUUCCAUGUUCAAUGCCCCCCUGAACAUUCUAAAGGUAUUCACAUUGCUGUUUUGGAUUGUGGAGCUAAGGAAAACAUUUUGCGUUGUCUUGUAGAAAGAGGAGCCAGCUUAACAGUAUUCCCAUACAAUUACCCUAUACAUAAAAUUGCCAAUAAGUUUGAUGGUGUUUUCAUUUCUAAUGGACCUGGUGAUCCAACCCAUUGUUCUACCACUGUUGACCAUUUGAAGGAAACCAUGGAGAAAAACCCUGAAUUACCUAUUUUCGGUAUUUGUUUAGGUCAUCAAUUAUUGGCUUUAGCAAGUGGCGCAAAGACCAUCAAGUUGAAAUAUGGUAAUCGUGCCCAUAAUAUUCCAGCAUUGGACUUGGCAACUGGUAAGUGUCAUAUCACUUCUCAGAACCACGGUUAUGCUGUUGAUGUUGCUACAUUGAACACCAGUGAAUGGGAACCUUACUUUACCAAUUUGAAUGAUUUAUCAAACGAAGGUAUGAAACAUAAGACAAAACCUAUUUUCCUGACACAAUUCCACCCUGAAGCCAAGGGGGGUCCCUUGGAUACGGGAUUUUUAUUUGAUAAAUUCUUCCAAAAUAUUCAAAACUACAAGACUACCAAUGGAUUGAACUUGGCCAAUGUCGACAACAGUUUAUUGGUUGACAUUUUACCCCACGAAAGAGUUUUAUAA